CUUCACGCCAAUAAGUAAUUAUAAACCAGUGCUAAAAAAGGCGACAGUAAUUUUUUUCCAAAGAAAAGGAAGAUGGCAGGAAUAUCACAAGAUUGGGAGCCAGUGGUGAUUAGGAAGAAAGCGCCGACAUCAGCCGCAAGGAAAGACGAGAAAGCAGUCAACGCCGCUCGUCGCUCCGGUGCUGAGAUCGAAACCGUCAGAAAAGCUACUGCAGGGUCAAACAAGGCUGCCUCUAGUAGUACAACUUUGAACACGAGGAAGCUUGAUGAAGAUACGGAGAACCUGUCACAUCAGAAGGUACCAACUGAAUUGAAGAAAGCCAUUAUGCAAGCUCGACAGGAUAAGAAGCUGACUCAAUCUCAACUUGCCCAAUUGAUAAACGAGAAACCACAGAUCAUUCAGGAGUACGAGUCUGGGAAGGCAAUUCCAAACCAACAGAUAAUUUCUAAACUAGAGAGAGCUCUUGGUGCGAAACUUCGCGGAAAGAAAUGAAGUGCAAGAGUAGGGGAAAGUGAACCUUUUGGACCUCAGUGUCUUUUGGGUCCUAAAAGUGGUCAUGUACAUGAGCCUUUUUCUUUUGACCGUUUUCUUUAACCACUAUGGUUCUUGACAUGUAUGGAUUUGUGGAUGUUAUUUUCCUGGUUAAACUGAGUGUUUUUUCUGUGGAAAUUGAGUGUGCUUGCUCUUGCUA